AGCCAGCGGACAGGCAGAGCGACAUGAGGUCUCUCUGGACGCUGAGACUGUUGGCAGCCGCCGCCGUGUCUGCACUGCGCGGGGCUUCGGGGCUGCCGGCGCCGGCGCCGGCCUUCCUCAGCACUGGUGUAGCGGUUGGAGAGGAGAUGCCGGCGUUAGCGUACGCUGGUGCGGGGACUUUCCAGAAUGGAGUGUACACCACAAUGUACGACAGCUUUGGAGAACCUCUGCAUAGCUUCUGGCCUUUGGACGGACUCUGGAACGGCGCAGAACUAGCUCCCUGGCUGUCAACGAAUACUUUCAGGGCAAACUGGAAACCGGCCGUCAAAAGAAGAGAAAUUCCGACUCAGAGAGCUCCUAUCGAUCUCAGAACGGGCUACAGAUGCAGGUGGGAAGCCCGCCCAGGGAAUGCAGCUGUGAGCGUUCCAGUUGGAGUGGCGUGUAGUCAUGUCCAGGAACAGCCUCAAGAACAUCCGUCGCCUCACAACCCCAUCAGGGAAGAAACAGCCAUCCCUGAAAGCGAUGCUUCUGCCUCCACAUAUACGACAUCUCUGCCGCCGCAUCUCGGGGAAGCGGCCCAGCUGGUUAUGCAGCACCCAGGAGGUGAGGUCGGCGACCAGCAGGCGGACGAGCUCGUAUCGGCAGAAGAUGACGCGCAGGACACGAAGGACUCGCCGGACACUCAUUCCAGGCACCGCCGCCAGGUGUCUCGGCUGGGCCGACGCGGCGCGUCCUCAUCCGCCGCGGCGGCCGCCGCUUCCGCUUCAUCCGGACCCUGGGGCUCCUCGGCUUCUGCAGCCGCCGCCUCCGGGGGCCGCCGGUCCCCUACCUACGGCCGCUGGCGCCCAGCCUACGGCAACGGGCGAGGUGUCUACGGCCAACGGCCCGCUUAUGGUCGCCCGUUGCCCGGGCCGUUCUAUGGUUAAAAGGUUGAUGCCGCUAUGCAAGUCAGCAGAAGAAAGGCGAUCCGAUUGGCAGCACCAUGGUGUAUAUGGACAAUAUUUAUUUUUUUUGCUACUUAUUUUUCUGCAUAAUAAAUAUUUAUGUUAUUUCGUACAAAAAUAA